AACCUUUCAGGUUAGGAAUAUACCAAGUGCUGAGAAGAUGAGUCUCAAGAUUACUUUCGAAACAAACUUCGCCGAGUAUGUUCUAGAUAUGGGAAAAGUCAUCCUUGGGACCCAGCAAGGGAGGGCAAUGAACCCUCAGCUGUGGGAGAAACAAAGUGAAACCAUUUUGCAAGCAAUAUGUGCUCUGCUGAAUUCUGGUGGCGGUGUGAUCAAGGCUGAGAUUGAGAACGAGGACCAUGAUUAUGAAACUCAUGCACUAGGGUUCGAGAUACCCCCAAGUUUCAGCAGCUGUUUAGAUGUGAUGCCGCUGCAGGGAAAACUCUUGAUUUUUGUGAAAUCAUGGAACACAGAGACAGGUGUACGAGUUGCGACCUUGUGCUCCAAUUUGUACUACAGAGAGAGAGCAUCUACUAAUGUCGUGGAUCCCCAGGAAGCUCUGGCAUUCCUCAAAGGGAAGGCUGAGGCUCCUAUGAACAUAAACAUUUCUCACCCCUUAAGUCCACAGGGAGCUCGGGGUAGGGUACAGUAUGAAGAUAACAUAAAGGCCUCGGCUGCCGCUUUAUUUGAUAAAGUACAGCUUCAGUAUCUGGAAAAACUCAACUUUCCUCAGUCCACACACGUCGAAUUUAUAAUGUUCUCAGCAGAUGUGUCACAGUGUGUUAAAGACAGACUCCCCAAGUGCAUUUCUGCCUUGGCUAAUACCGAAGGAGGAUAUGUAUUUUUUGGUGUGCAUGAUGAGACCCGUCAAGUUAUUGGAUGUGAAGCAGACAAAAUAGGCAUCUUGAGCACUACGGUUGAUAGCUGUAUGAAGAAGUUAAGCGUCCAUCAUUUCUGCACACAGAGGCCUGAGUUGCAAAGGACCAUUAAAUUCCUUGAAGUACGCGAUAAGAAGGUCCUCCGUGGAUAUGUGUGUGCGAUCAAGGUGGAGAGAUUCUGCUGUGCUGUGUUUGCCAAAGAGCCUAGUUCCUGGGAAGUGAAAGACAACUGUGUGAAACAGCUGACCACAAAGAAAUGGGUAGCUUCGAUGAUGGAAGCCGACCCAGAUCUUUUUAGGUUUCCUGAGAUGGUCCUGGAGCUGAGCGUGUCAUCCGCCACACCCCACAGCAGGGCCGUGUGCUCUCAUAAGAAUUUGGAACGUCUGAAAGAACGGCAGAAACGUUACUUUCCAGUAUUAUCCGACAGAGUGGUGUAUACUCCAGAAAACCUCUACAAGGAACUCUUCUCACAACAUAAAGGGCUCAGGGAAUUAAUAAAUUCAGAAAUACGCGCUGUCUCUCAUGGAGUAUUGAUUUUUUCUCACAGCUGGGCUGUGGACUUAGGUCUGCAAGAGAACAAGGGAGUUAUCUGUGAAGCUCUUCUGAUUUCCCAGAACAACACCCCAAUCCUCUACUCCAUCUUCAGCCAGUGGAAUGUGGGGUGCAAAGGCUACUCUAUGGUAGUUGCCCAGACUUUGAAGCAGAGGCUGGUGAACACAGGUGGCUACACUGGGAGAUUAUGCGUCACUCCUUUGGUCUUCCUGCUGCAUCCUGAUGGAAAAACACAGACUCAUUAUGGUUCAGAUUUGCAAAUUUACCCAGAGUCCUAUAACCUUAUGACAACUGAGGACAUGGAAACUCUUUUACGGUCCCUUGUGAUAGUCUUGUUUGGGUUUAGAUCCUUCUUAAGUGAUGAGCUGGGCUUGGAAGUUUUGAACCUACUCACAGAUAAACAGUAUGAGUUGCUUUCAAAGGACUUUCAUAAGACCCGAGAGCUGUUUGUCCAUGGCUUGCCUGGAUCGGGGAAGACUGUCCUGACUCUUAAAAUCAUGGAGAAGAUCAGGAAUGUGUUUCACUGUCAACCAGGUGACAUUCUUUACAUCUGUGAGAACCAGCCUCUGAAGAAGUUUAUAAGCACAAAAAACAGCUGCCAGUCAGUGACCCGGAAAACCUUCAUGAGGAAAAACUUCUAUCAUAUUCAACAUAUUAUCAUUGAUGAAGCUCAGAAUUUCUGCACUGAAGAUGGGGACUGGUACCGGAAGGCAAAAACCAUCACUCAGGGAAGACAGAAUUCCCCAGGAAUUCUCUGGAUCUUUCUGGACUACUUCCAGACUAACCACUUGCGUUGCAGUGGCCUCCCCCCUCCCUCAGACCAGAAUCCAAGAGAGGAGCUCACCAGGGUGGUCCGCAGUGCAGAGCCAAUAGCCGACUGCCUGCAAAACAUAAUGCAAGGGAUCAGGGAAAAUCCUCCCCCCAACCUCCUGCCUGAGUCCCUGGUGAUGCUCCAUGACCCUGAAUGGGCUCAGGGUGUUCCAGGCAACUUCGAGGUUAUUGAAGACUUGAGCUUGGAUGAGAUGGUGACCUAUGUGGCAGAUAAGUGCCGAUUUCUCUUCAGGAAUGGUUAUUCUCCCAGAGAUAUUGGUGUGAUUUUCAGUAGAGCAAGCGAGAUGAACGGAUGUAAAGACAGGCUUCUAGCAGCAAUGAGGAGGAGAAGAAUGUCUGAGCUCAGUGAGGAACCUGAUGUGUUAGUACAGAUCAGGGACACAUCCGAUAUUUUUGGUAAUCAUAUUGUGUUGGACGAUGUCCAUCGAUUUUCAGGCCUAGAAAGAAAUAUUGUGUUUGGAAUCAACCCGAGGGCAGUUGAGUCCUGUAUUUUCCACAGUCUUCUGCUCUGUCUGGUUUCCAGGGCCAAAAACCACCUGUAUAUUCUAAAUGUUUCUUUCUGAGGGGAAAACCCCAUCUAAGAAACGGUUCAGUAGCUCUCAUCUCUGAUUAAUUUAAUCUAAACAUUUAAACAUCAGAUAUUUAAUGAGCACUUACUCAUUCAGCCAUAUAUUCUUGCAGGUGCUGGGAUUGAGGAUUAGGGACAAACCAGACCCCAGAGUCUUCCUUUGGGGGCACAGACAAGUAAACAAAUGCAAGGAAUUUCUGAUAGUAAUUAGAGUUGUCAGUAAUUAAAUUUCCCUGAGACUCAGAGGGGGUAUGUGCAAGGGAGGAAGGUAGGGCAUUGGCUAUUUAGGGUGGUCAGGGAAGUGCUCAGUGAGGAAAGAACUAGUCCUGAGAUCUCUGAGCUGCGUGUGCCCUGCCGGGCAGACUCAAGUAUUUUUAUUGUUUUUCACACAAUGGAUAGGGUUUGGAUGUUUGGCCCCUCCAAAUCUCAUGUUGAAAUUUGAUCCCCUGUGUUGACUGUGGGGCUGGGUGGGAGGCAUUUGGGUCAUGAGGGCAGCUCCCUCAGGAAGGGCUUGGUGCCCUCCUCCUGUAAGUAAAUUCUUGCUUUACCAGUUCUCACAAGAAAGAGCCGGUUGUUUAAAAGAGCCUGGCACCACUUCCUCCUCUUGGGACAUACCUGUUCCUCUUUCACCCCUGAAGCCCUCACCAGAAGCAGAUGAUUCCUGUACCAUCUGCAGAACUGUGAGCCAAAUAAACCUCUCUCUCUCUCUCUCUCUUUUUUUUAUGAGUUUCCUAGUGGCAGGCAAUUCUUCAUAGCAGCAUAAAAUGGACUAACACAACAGCCAUGCGCAGAAAUGCUUGGGCGGGAUGUGCCGGGUGAAUGGAAAGGCUGCAAGCGUUGUGUGCCUGGCCUUCCUUGCAGGGGCUAGGAACGGGUGAAGCAUGUCUCAAAAUGUAAGAUCACAAGCUAUGCCUUGUCAUUUUUUGCAAGGCCACAUUAUAUUACUUCAUUAUUUUCCACUUUUUCUUUUAAGGGUCUUAGUGUUUUGGAUCACUGUUAUUAUGUGCCUUUUGGUUACUUAGCAUCUUUGCUCUUUGGUGUCAUCCAGAUGACUUCUGCAGAGAAUCUUAGGUUACUAUGUGGAGAUGAGACUGCCACAGUCCCCCCAAAGACACACUGUGCUUUAUUGAUGAUAAGAUGAUAGAGGGUCUAAGAGGGUGAAUGUACUAAAUUCAGAGUUACAUUUUGUUUUCCAUUCAACUUCCUAAUCAAUGAAAUGAUGAGGUAAGUCUAAUCUCUUUGUUCUAAGGAUUCCUCAGGAUUUCAGGUAGUCUUUCAAAAGUCAUUGCUACGCAGUGCCAAUUCCUUGUUUGCUAUAGGUCUCUCAGAAACCCUCUCAUACUUAAGGCCAAACAAAUCCAUCUUUUUGAAGAGUCAAUAAGUAAAAAAUACUGAGUUAAUUCUCUAUCAAAAAUGUUUAUCAUUUAUUGUUAUUUCUCAAGAAUAAGUAAAUCUCUUAUAAGAAGUAUAAACUUGAAAUUAAAAUUUUUAUUUUGAGACAGUCUCACUCUGUCACCCAGGCUGAAGUACAGUGGCACAGUUAUAGACCAUUCAGGGAAACAUCAGCAAGACCUUCAAGCAGAGAAACCCUGACAGUCCUGAAGGACUCUGAGGAGAUAGGAAGUAUUUUCCAGGAUUUCUCAUGAAUUCAAUGAAGGGGACUCUAUCUUAUUCCUAUGUGCUUUACCUCCAUUAUUGAUUUUAUUGGAUUUAAUGGAACAUCAUAGGCAACACUUAAAGGUACAAACCAGGUUAACAGUGACUGCUCCAUAUAACACCCACUCAGAUCAGGCUACAGGAAAGCAGAUGGAUGAUACUACCCAAGCCUCCAUCUGCAUUGGAGAAGAAGUCAGAUAAGUCUACUUGGCAGCAGAAAGUUGUCAAAGAGAGCCCUUUCAUACCAUCUUAGGGUAAAUAGAAGGACUCUGCCAAGCUGCUCUUAUUAAGAACUAGAAAGAGAAGUAUCAUCACUAGGCAAAAAGACUGUGGGGGAAAAAGGUAGAAGAGGAACAUGGUAGGAUUCAGGUGAAGAACCCAUCCUGAAAGGAAAUAAAACUCAAGGGACAAAAGAAAACUCCCCACAGAUGUCUCACGCUCUAGAAGAAUCCAAGAAGUCCAUAAAUUCAAUUUAAAGAGUUGGCAGGAUGCCACACUGUAGUUGAGUUUUCUCUCUCUGAACUGCGGCCUGGAAACGUCCCACAGGCAGUCAACUGAGGCAGUCAUGGAGAACACCUCGCUAGUUUCCCUCACCCCAUGCUGAAUGUGGGUAGUUAA